AUGCCGUUUCUGACACGUGCCGAACGUCCCGGAGGGGGGGGGCUACUCUGUUUCGUUGAGGGGAUCUCGUACGGCGAGUCGGCGAUAAGGCGAAAAGGGGCACGGCGCCGUCCGGGUGAGCGAAUCCGUCCAGAACACCGCGCCGCGUUGGCCGCAGACUGCGGUUCCUCUAGUCGGCGACAGGGCCACCGUCAGGCGCUCCAGUUGCGACACUGCGCGGCCGCAGGAAGACUGGGAGGGAUCUCGGGGACAACGCGCCCAGGCGGGGCCGGAACGGACCGGUGGACCAGUAGCCGGGAGCAAGAUCGGGGCACCGGACGUCUGUCCGACGGCACGGAGGAGCAAUUGCGGGAGCGAAUGGUGAUAGGUUGA